AUGCAACAACUUUUUGAUUGUCCAAUAUGUUUAUAAACAUUGUUACAACCUAUUACUUUAACAUGUGGCCAUACUUUUUGUAAACCAUGUGUUCGUAAUAAAUACUUCUAUCAGAAUUAUAAUUCAUGUCCUGUAUGCAGAGCACCAAUUUAGAUAUACUUGAAUCAGUUUAAGGUUAAUAUCCUUUUGGAGACACUUAUCAAAUAAGAAUUCCAUAGUGAAUAAAAUUAUUAGUUAAGAGUUUAAAAUUACUAAAAGCGUAUGGAUUAAAGAAAUAGAAGAAAAUGGUAUCAUACUAUGAUGCUAAUAAUAUUCGAAUAUUCUAAAUAGAUAUGGAGAGUAAUCUAAAAGAUGUUGCCUCUCUAUCUUAUAGGUAUAUUUUUCAGUUAAAAUAGCAUAGUACUGGUAAUUUUAAUGUAUAUGAGUGUGAAAUCUAAUUUAAGGUUUGAAAAAUUGUAAAAGCAAUUUUCAAAACGUGUUAAACUUGAAAAAUUGAGUGAAGAGAUUGCUAAAAUGGUAUCUUUACUCAAAACUGAUAACUAAGAUGCUAAAGAUUUAGAUAUUCAAAAUUUGGUUUUCUCCAAAAUAGUCAAAUACUUAUUUACAAAUUGUGUGAGAUUUUGA